AUGGUGUCACCUGGGUUUUUUCUUAUAUGUAUGCUCCAUUCUUUGAUGGCUUUAACCUGUGGAGCUCUAAUGAUGUUCUAUAGCAAUGAGGUGUUUGUGUUUAGCCAUGGUAAAGAACAUGCCAGCAAGCUUAUGGGUUCAACACCCCAUGAUCAGCUGUUAAUCCAAACGUCAGACUCGUUUUCGGGUUUGCUUUUGUUUGCUGUUGGGUUUCUCUUGUUUAUGGUGGCAUUUGUGAAGGACAGAGAGUUUCAUAGCUUCUUUGCCAAGGGCUGUGUCCUUCUCCAUGUAGCAAUGGCUAUUUGGAGAAUUUACUUUGGAAGGAAGGUCGAAGAUCUAGGCCGUGAUUGGCUUAGGCUUGUUGUUGGGGAUAUUGCAUUGGGACUUUCUUGGGUUUUCUUUCUUGUGUAUUCAUGGAGAGAGAAGUAUGAUUAG